UCACCAUCCCUCUCCCUUCCCCUCCUCUCCUCCCCCCUUCUCCCACACGUGCAUUUGCAUAUGUGAGUGUGUGGGCCAUGGCAAAAGAACACACACUUCUAUCAACGGAGAUCGUGAACCGGGGCAUCGAGUCUUCAGGACCCGAUGCCGGUUCCAUGACCUUCUCCGUAAGAGUACGUCGAAGAUUGCCGGACUUUGUGCAAUCUGUAAACCUCAAGUACGUGAAAUUAGGAUAUCAUUAUCUCAUGAACCAUGCAAUCUACCUUCUUACCAUACCAGUCCUCAUUGUCGUCUUUAGUGCCGAAAUCGGCAGCUUGAGUAAUAAACAUAUGUGGGAGAAGCUAUGGGAUGGAUCCAGCUAUGAUUUUGAGUCUGUCGUUGCGUUCUUCGCAAUCUUCAUCUUCACGGCCUUGAUCUUCUUCAUGUCACGUCCCCGGCCCACCUAUCUGAUUGAUUUCGCUUGUUAUCAGCCGCAUGAUCAACUCAAGGUCUCCAGGGAGGAUUUCAUCAACCUCGCCCGCAAAUCAGGCAAAUUCACCGACGCAAGCCUCGAAUUCCAGCACCGAAUCCUGAAAUCCUCCGGCAUCGGCGACGAAACAUGCAUUCCAAAAGCAAUCAUGUCCACCGACAACUGCGCCACCAUGAAAGAAGGCCGCGCCGAGGCCUCCGCCGUCAUUUUCGGCGCCCUCGACGAACUCUUCGAGAAAUGCCGCAUCCGGCCAAAAGACAUCGGCAUUCUCGUCGUGAAUUGCAGCCUCUUCAAUCCCACACCAUCCCUUUCAGCCAUGAUCGUAAAUCACUACAAGAUGAGGGGAAAUAUUCUAAGUUUCAAUCUCGGCGGCAUGGGCUGUAGUGCAAGCAUCAUCGCCCUCGAUCUAGCCCAGGACAUGCUGCAAGCGAACCCUAGUAGCUUCGCUGUGGUAGUCAGCACUGAAAUGAUUACAUUCAGUUGGUAUAAUGGCCAGAACCGAUCGAUGUUGAUUCCUAACUGUUUCUUUCGCAUGGGUGGAUCUGCUGUUCUGUUAUCGAACCGUAGGCGCGAUUUUCGGAGGGCCAAGUACAAGCUCGAGCAUAUUGUUCGUACUCACAAAGGGUCUGAUGAACGAAGCUUCAGGUGCAUCUACCAAGAGGAGGACGAUCAACGGCUCAAAGGCCUCUCAAUAAGCCGCGACCUCUUGGAAGUCGGUGGGCACGCACUCAAAGCCAACAUCACUACCCUGGGCCCACUCGUCCUCCCCUUCUCAGAACAGCUCCUCUUCUUCACCACACUCGUGCGGCGUCACCUCUUCGGCGGGUCCAGCGAAUCCAGACCAUACAUUCCCAAAUACAAGCUAGCCUUCGAGCACUUCUGCAUCCACGCCGCUAGCAAGAAGGUUCUCGACGAACUCCAGAAGAACCUCGAACUCAGCGACCGAAACCUCGAACCCUCACGGAUGUCGUUGCACCGGUUCGGUAACACCUCCAGCAGCAGCAUAUGGUAUGAACUUGCUUACUUGGAAGCUAAGGAGCGGGUCCGAUCGGGAGACCGGGUUUGGCAACUUGCGUUCGGGUCUGGGUUUAAGUGCAACAGUGCAGUCUGGCAGGCGGUGCGGAAGAUCAGGAGGCCUACCCGGAACCCGUGGCUCGAUUGCCUUGAUCGGUACCCGGUCGCUGAUCUUUAGGAAGGCCAUUGGGUGGUGGUUCUUCUUAUCGGGUCAAGUAGGACCCGAAAUGGUGCUAUUUUCAUUAAGACAUUGUAAUUGUUUCUAAAUCAUUUUCUGUGUGUUUUAAGAUUAAUAUUUGAAAUUCACAAGAUUGGUAGGUUUUAUUC